UUCAAAAUCAGCGGGGAAAAUGAUGGAAAGUUUGCAGUGCACCAUACUUCGAUGCUACUCCAUGUUUUAUAACUCGACACUCGUCCUCCUCCUAAUCCUUGCUACAUAAACCCGACGCUGGAUCCUAAUCGUUGGAAGUUAGACCGACACCCCGGAAAUCCCCUUUCACCCGCCCAAAUUUGAUCCUCUCCCUCUCUCUAAUCUCAGAUCUAAUAAAUAAUCCAAGUUAUUCUAAAAUUAAAUGCGUAAUUGUUGGUAGAAGAAGAUGGAGUCGGCACCGAUUCGGGUACCGUACCGGAAACUUAAGAAGGAGAUAGAGGUAGAAAUGGUGAGUUUGGAAGUGGAGUCGUCUCCUUCUCCUUCUCCUCCUCCUCCUCGAAUCCAAUCUCCUCUUAAUCCUAAUUCUAAUGGAGAUUUCAGAUCUCAAACCACCAAACAUCAAAUAAGCUUCACCACUCUUGUUCUCAGCUGUACGGUGGCCGCUGGCGUUCAAUUCGGCUGGGCCUUGCAGCUCUCUCUCCUCACUCCCUAUAUUCAGACACUUGGGAUAGGACAUGCUUUUUCAUCCUUCAUUUGGCUCUGCGGUCCUAUUACAGGCCUCGUGGUUCAACCUUGCGUUGGUAUUUGGAGUGAUAAAUGCUCUUCAAAAUUUGGAAGAAGACGCCCAUUUAUUCUUGCAGGAGCACUAAUGAUCUCUAUUGCUGUGAUAAUAAUCGGAUUUUCCGCAGACAUUGGAUAUGUGUUAGGGGAUACAGAGGAGCAUUGCAGUAAAUUCAAGGGCACUCGAAUGAGGGCGGCUUUUGUCUUUGUUAUUGGCUUCUGGAUGCUGGAUCUUGCUAACAAUACAGUGCAGGGACCAGCCCGUGCACUUCUGGCUGAUUUAUCAGGUCCUGAUCAACACAAUAUAUCAAAUGCUGUAUUUUGCUCAUGGAUGGCUGUUGGAAACAUUUUAGGAUUUUCAGCUGGUGCUAGUGGGAGUUGGAGCAGAUGGUUUCCUUUCUUGAUGAAUAGAGCUUGUUGUGAAGCUUGCGGAAAUCUUAAAGCAGCAUUUCUCGUAGCAGUAGUCUUCCUCCUGUUUUGUACUCUUGUGACUCUAUAUUUUGCGGAUGAGGUUCCACUAAAUGUUAAUCAACCACGCCAUUUAUCAGAUUCUGCUCCAUUGUUGAAUGAUCCACAACAAAACAGCCAUGAACUUUCAAAAUCUGAGUUUCACACGCCUGGUCUUGACAAUUUGAGUGGGAACAGCACCGACCAUGACUAUGAACCGAGUAUGAAUUCAAAGCAUGCCAACUCUGUAGGGGGUCAAAAUGAAAAUUUCAGUGAUGGCCCAGGAGCUGUGAUGGUCAAUUUAUUAACCAGUUUAAGGCAUCUACCUCCUGGAAUGCAUUCAGUGCUUCUUGUUAUGGCAUUAACUUGGUUGUCAUGGUUCCCCUUCUUUCUUUUUGAUACGGAUUGGAUGGGAAGAGAAGUUUAUCAUGGAGAUCCAAAGGGGACUUCUAAUGAAGUGAAGUUGUAUGAUCAAGGAGUCAGAGAAGGUGCAUUUGGUUUGCUGUUGAAUUCUGUGGUUCUUGGCAUUAGUUCGUUCUUGAUUGAGCCAAUGUGUAAGAAGUUGGGGUCAAGACUUGUAUGGGCAAUGAGCAAUUUUAUUGUAUUUGUCUGCAUGGCAGGCACGGCUAUUAUUAGUUUGAUAUCAGUAGGUGCAUAUUCUGAAGGAAUCGAACAUGUAAUUGGAGGGAAUGCACCAAUCAGGAUAGCUUCCUUGAUUGUAUUUGCUCUUCUUGGAUUUCCUCUCGCUAUUACCUAUAGUGUUCCAUUUUCUGUCACAGCAGAGUUGACUGCUGAUACUGGUGGUGGGCAAGGAUUGGCUAUAGGAGUUCUCAAUCUUGCAAUAGUUAUUCCACAGAUGAUUGUAUCCAUUGGUGCCGGUCCAUGGGAUGCGCUCUUUGGUGGAGGAAAUAUACCAGCGUUUGUUCUGGCUUCUGUGUGUGCUCUUGCAGCUGGUGUUUAUGCAGCUCUCAAGCUGCCAAAUCUUUCAAGCAGUUCCUUCAGUGGUUUUCAUUUUGGCUAACCACCACACCAUGCUCAACAUGUUGACAUCGAGCCAACAUGUAAUCGUCAAGGACAGGAGUAUACUCGUUGUUGGUCUACAGUCAGAGAGAUGGUUCUUCCAAGUUCCAUUUUUUGUGUACUUGUAAUUCUUUAUAUCAAAAGAAGCGCGCAGAACGCUUUCUAAUUCAUUAAUUUUUUGCCCUGCAUUAUGGGCCUCUGUACUUAAUGUAGAGUGUAAAUCAUUUCAAAUGAAAAAUUCAUACGGCAAUAUACCUGCAAUUACUUGCUAAUUUAGAAA